AUGUGCAGCCGAAAUGUCUUGACCAAAAGUGCUUAUAUGUCGGAGGAGAUGCGACAGCACCCUGUGGAAUGUGCUACUCAGACGUUGGAGAAAUACAACACAGAGAAAGAUAUUGUGGCCCAUAUUAAGAAUAAGUUUGGCAAGAAAUACAACCCCACCUGGCACUGCAUCAUGAUGAGGAACUUCAGUAGUUACAUGACACAUGAAACCAAAUACUUCAUCUGCUUCUAUCUGGACUAA